AUGUCUUUUAUACCAUCAAAAAUUGAGUCUUUUGAAAUUUUUUCUCCUAAUAUAAAUUACAGAAAUAGUAAUUUUAGUAUUAAACCAAUGGAAACAUUAAACAGUUCAAGAAAUAUUGAAAAUAUAAAAAAAUUUAAUUAUAUAAAUAAAUUUGAUAUUGAUAAUAUGGAAAACAUUAAAAAUCCGGAUGAAAUAAAAAGAGAAAACUUUAAUAACAUUAGUGGUUCACAGAAAUAUGGAUUAGUAAAUCUAGAAAAUAAUUUAUAUAUAAACCAAACAAAUAUUUUAGAUAAUGGAAUACAUAAAAUCAAAGAAAAAAAAAUAUCACCUACUAAUAAAAAUAGCAUGGAUGCAUUAGAAAAUUUUUUUUCAGCCAGUAAAUUUAAGAUUGAAAAAAUAAAAGAGAACAAUAGUAUAGAUAAUAAUUAUUUAAAUAAAAAUAAAAAAAAUUUAACAAGUAUAUUACCAUUUGAUAAAAUCGUUGAAGAAUGUGCUUUGCAAAAUUUAUUGACAAAAAAUCAAGUUCAUGAUUUAUAUAACCAUCAAAAUAUUUAUGAUGAAAGAAUAAAUAUAAAAGAACCAUAUAAUGCAUCAAUAAAUAAUUACAACGAAAAUAAUAUACUUAGUAAAGAUUUUAUUGAAAAUAUAUCAGAUAACCCAUUUUCGUCAUUAUCAAAAGAUCAAAGUUUUUUUAAUAAAAAAGAAGAUUAUAUUAACAGCUUAGAAUCAGGUAAUUUUAACAGUGGUAAUAUUUUUUAUAAUAAAUAUUCAUCUGUUAAAAGUUUAAAUAAUAAAAUGAGCCAAAAAAUAAAUGACAGCAAUAAUAACGGAAAUGGUGAUGGCAAUAAUAAUAAUAAAAAUAAUAAUAAUAGUAAUAGUAAUAAUAAUAAUAAUAGUAAUAAUAGUAAUAAUAAUAAUAAUAAUAGUAGUAGUAGUAAUAAUAAUAAUAAUAAUAAUAAUAGUACUACUACUACUACUAAUAAUAAUAAUAAUAGUAACAAUGAUGAAGAUGAAAAUGAGGAUGAAUAUAAUAAUAAUAAUUUAUUUGAAGUUUAUGAUUAUAAAAAAAAUAAAAAAGUAAUCUAUUAUGCUGUUAAAAAUCAUUAUAAUCCAUACAAAGAAAUGAGUAAGAAAGAAAAAAGAAAUUACGAAGUUUAUGAUAAUAAACUAUAUGAAAAUGAUAUAUAUGAUUAUUUAUUAAAUCAAUAUGAAAAGAAUUAUAAGAAUUUAAUUGAUCAAAGAUUUCCUCCUAAAGGAAAUUUUAUUAAUGAAAGACAAGAAAUUUUCAUAAAUCAAAUAAAUUUACAGAAAAAUUCAUUGGAUGAUUGUAGAAAUGAAGAAAUUAAUGAAAAUAAAAAGGGUGAAAAAGAAACAAAUACUAAUGAAAAUGUAGAAAGAAAAAUUGAGAAUAUUAAUGAAGAUAUUAGUAACAAUCAAGAGAAUAAAAAUUGUAGUUGUAAUAAAAUUAAUGAGCAAAAAAAAAUUGAAAAAAAAGAAAGUGAAAUACCUAAAAUUAAUUCUUAUGGCUGUAAAUUAAAUCAAAAGGAUACUAUAGAUUCUCUAAAAAAAAAAGAAAAAAAAAAAUAUAAAACAGAUACAAGAUUUUUAAAUUUAUAUAAUGAUGAUAUAUUGGAUAUUUAUAAAUAUACCACAGAUAUAUAUACACAUAAACCAAAACUAUUUAUAUAUUCACUAAAAGAUAAUAACGGUAGUAAUAAAAAUUGUGAUAAUACUUUAAAAAUCAAUAAGGAAUUUAAAAAAAUUUUGAAAAAACUGAAAUAUAAAAAUACAGUAGUAAUAAGUAAUAUAGGAAGAAAAUGUGGAUCUUCUACCUUUUCAAAUUAUAUUAUAAAUAAUAUACAAAUAAAUAAUUUUACUAAUGAAAUUAAUAAUGAAGAGGAAUGCAUAUAUUCAUACGUCACAUCUAAUCAAAAUAAAAUCAAUUACAUUUAUUUAGAUUAUGACAAAUUAGCUGCAAAAAGAAAUGAAGAUGAUAAUAAUAAUAAAAUAAAUAAAUUUGUAACCUUCUCUUUUUACUUUUCAAAUAUUAUUAUUUUUCAUAUAAAUAAUAAAAACUAUUUAGAUAUAUUUUACAUAUUAUCAGAUUAUUAUGAUAUAAUUAAGAAUAUAAGAGAAAAUAUUAAAUGUAGAAGAAAAAAGUAUUACGAGCAGAAAAAAAAAAAGGAUAUCAUGAAAAAUAAAAGUGAUAAAUUUCUUAAACUUAACACAAAAAAUAUUAACAAAAAUUCAUCUACAGAUAUUAGUAUAAUGGAUUCAUCAUACUCAGAAAGUGAUGAUUCAAUUAGAGAGAGUUUUGACGAAAAUAAUUUUUAUUUUCCUUAUUUUAUAUUUGUUUUAAGAGAUAUGAAUAGGAAUGAUUAUAUUAAGAUAAAAUCAAAAAGUGAUAUUAAUGAUACUAAUAAUUUUAUGGAUACUCGUAAAUAUUUUGAUUCAUUAAUUUAUAAAAUAAAUGAUACAAUUUUGCAAAAAAAAAUUAAAUAUAUUUUGAAAUUUCUCACCAAAAAAAUAUUAUUUUUUUUGCCAUCCUUAUAUAAAAACAACGAUGAAUCUGUUAUUAAUUAUGAUUAUAUUUUUGAACUAAAAGAUAUUAAAAGAGAAUUAUACAUUCAAGGAAAAUGUAUAGAUAACAUGUAUAUAAAUAAUGGAGCAUAUAUUUACAAAUAUCUUAGCAUGCUUAUUUAUACAAUCAAUAAUGAUAUAUUUUAUAGUUCAAAUUAUUUAAAAAGUAAAAUUGAAAAUUUUGAAAGCAAAAUGUUGCAUGAUAUUCUAACCGAAAAUUUUCUUCUUCAUAUAAGAAAAAAAAUAGAAAAAAAAUUACCUAUGAAACCUAAUUUAUUUUUGACAUUAACAAACGAAUUAAAAAUAGAAUUCAUAUUAACAUAUGAAAAAUUUUCAGUCGGAAAUACAUCUACGAAAAGGAAAUAUAAAAAUCAAUUAUGCAACAACAUUGAUGUUAUCAUAUUAAAAGCUUACAAAGAAAAUAUUGCAUUUAGCUGUUAUAGUUUUUUUAAUAUAAUAAAUAAAAAAAUAAAUGAUUUACAAAUAUAUAAUAAAAUAAAUGAUAGAGAAUAUAUAGAUUUUGAAGAAUUAUUGAAAGAUGUAUAUAAUAUAAAUGAUAGAAAAAUAGAUAAUUUCAUUUAUAACGAGAUAUUAAAUAUAAAAAAAGAGGAAAUAUUUACUCAUUUUAUAAAAAAUUAUUAUGACAAUAGCGAAAAUAUUUCUCCUAGAAAUUGUGAUAGGUAUGAUUUAAAAAAACGUUCAACAAAUUAUUGCAACUCAGAUUCUACUAAUGAUCCAGAUGAAUUGAAUAAAAAAUACGAAAAUGAGAAAAGUAAAAAAUAUAGUAGUAUUAACUUAAUUGCACAUAAUUUUGCUCCAUCAAGUUUUAAAAGUUUUAAAAACAAGGGUGAAGAAAAAUCUGUUAAAUAUGAUAAUAUUAUAAAUAAUAAAAAUGAAGAUGUGUUAGAAUGUUUACAAAACCUUCAUGAAGAUAAUAAAAAAGAUAUGAAAAAAAAAAAAAAAUUUGGUUCAUUUAAUGAUCAAGGUGAAUUUUUUAUAGAUGCAGCUGAUAGUUACUUUUAUCAAAGUAAAACAAAAAAUAGUAAAUAUGUGGAAGAAAAAGAUCCUCCUAAAUCUAAAACAUCUUUAAGGAGAUCAUUUCAUAAAUUUAAAUCUGAUAUGGGUUUGCUUGAUGCCAGAAAAAAGAAAAUUCGUAAUGAGAAUUAUAUUUCUAAAAAAUAUCAUAGUUCUGAUUAUUUUAAAAAAAAAGGAGUUGAAGCAAUAAAUAAAAAUUUGUUAUUUUAUGAAAACUCAGGAAGUUCAGAUGAUAUUUUUGAAAAACAGAAUGAUCAUCAUAUAAAACAGUAUCCACGAAAUUCUAUGAAACAAAAUCCUUCAAAUAAUAUACAAGUUAUUAAAGAGAAAACAUUAAAUUUAGAAAAAAAUGAAUCUAAUAAUAAAAAUUUGUAUUCUAAACGUACUACACAGAAAAAAAAGAGAAAUAGUUGUUUACCUAAACAUAAGUCUAAAUCUAAAUUUAACAUAUAA